CUGGCAGUACCAGGCUCCAAUCCCUGGCAGGAAACAGUAGAGAGGGGCAGCACAGUGGGAUCCUUGGGGUGUUUGUGAGUGCUGGGCUCCAUCCUCCUCAUCCUCCUCUUUAUCUCAUGUCCCAACACCACUUCCUUUCCAGCCUGUCCUCACAUCUCAUUGGGGCUCUGAGGGGGAGUCCAGGCUGAGGGUUCAGGGACCAAAUUCCCUGUUUCCAGCCCCAUUUCCAGCAGCUGGAAACUCCAGACCCGGCUGGGAAAGAAGAGGCCUGAGUCGUGUGGGGUUUUGGGGAUCAGAACCAUGGUGAGCCUGGGCCAGGAACCUUCAUGCCCUGGAAACAGAGACUGAGGCCUGUGUGUUUGGGGCACAGACAAAUGCAUUUACAGCAGGGCUGGGCAGUGUGACCAGUCCAUGGAAAUCAGACCAGUGACCAUCCAGGGGCAUUUUAAGUCAGGUACUUGUAGAUUUAAUUUCCCAGAAACUCAAACUUUUGUGGCCUCUCUUGCUUAUAUGCUCCCCUGUUGGAAGAGGUCAAUUAGUCUUUUUCAUGACCAGACUACCCAAUUUAGGGAAAAAAAAACCCAAAACCAGUAUUCCCUGAGCAUCUCCAUCACUUCUGUACCCAUCCACAAACAGGGGCCGGUGGGCCUGGACAACCCUCCCAGCCCAAACCGUUCUGGGGUUCCGUGAUCUCUCCCUGCGUUUAUUUUGCAUCGUGUCCUUCUUUCUGCUCCCAGCAGAUGGCAGCGCCGGCCUUUAAAAAGAGAUGGAAGUGUCCUGGGACACGGAUCAGCCCUCACUGCCGCUCACUAAGCUGUCUUUUAAAACUGAAAAAGACAUUAUUCUGCCAUAACCUGUGGUGAAGAUUCAAUGUUCAUGUUCAGGGGGUAUGGGGGAAGCAGAAUGUGAUUCCCUGCAAAUCUCAAUUCCCUGCACUGUGGAUAUUUUGUCUCUUACAUGAGUAACACCUCUCCAUCUGAAGCUCUUUGAGUUCCAAAGUGGGCUUGUCAUGUUUUGGGCUUCCAGGCAGAGGGAAUGUGAAUAUGGGAAAGUGAUGGGGAGGCAGAGAACUGCAGCAGUGUGUGUGUGUGUGCAGGGAGAGCUGGGGUAAAUUUAAUUGUUUUAAAUUUGUAUUGGGAUAGUUGUUUAGUCUCUCAAAUUCAAAUGAUUUGUUAAAGGAUUAAUUUUUAAAUUAUUCCAGGAAUAAAAAGGGGAGUAUAAAAAAAUAGAGAAUUUAUUAUUAUUAAAGAAUAAUUCCUACAUCCAUCAAAUAAUUAAUUGGAAGCCUGUUCCCCUAUCAUUUGUCCUUGGGAUGCUGUUUUUCUUUCCAGAAAACCUUAUGCAGAGGCAGAUCAGGCAAAACCUGCCAUUUCAGGUACCAGAGCCACCUGGUUUCACCUGAGCCACACAGACUGUUUUUCCCCCAAGUUCCUGAUGUAAAAGCUGGAAUCUCUGGAGGGGCUGGAUCUGUGUGCUGGAGCCCAGCAGCUCCUUCCUCCCAGCUGAAAACCUACUGGGAUAUUCGGGCUUAUUUGGAGAUAAAGUACUCUGAGUGUGAUAAGGGACAAUCCUGCCGUGGAAUGACCAAGAGCUGCUGCUUCAGAUCAUCAGAGUCCCCUCAAAAAGCCAAACUCCAGCAGGAAGAAAAUGGACUCAAACUCCUCGUUGGAUUGGCCUCAGGUGCUGAAUGAUAACGGGACAUACAAGUUCCUUUACUGGGAAGGAAAUGUCUCCUACGUGGACUUCUACCUCCACCAGCCUUGGGUGGCUGCUGUCUUCAUCACCUCCUACCUCUUCAUCUUCCUCCUCUGCAUGCUGGGCAACGGGGGGGUUUGUUUCAUCAUCCUGUGGAGCAAGCACAUGCGCACGGUCACCAACCUGUUCAUCCUGAACCUGGCCGUCAGCGACCUGCUGGUGGGGCUCUUCUGCAUGCCCACCACCCUCCUGGACAGCAUCAUUGCAGGAUGGCCCUUUGGGAGCCUGGUGUGCAAGAUGAGCGGGAUGGUCCAAGGAAUCUCUGUUUCUGCCUCUGUCUUCACUCUGGUUGCUAUUGCUGUGGACAGGUUCCGGUGCAUCGUGCAUCCAUUCAAGCAGAAGCUGAGCGUUCCCACGGCCGUGGCCAUCAUCGUGGCCAUCUGGCUGCUGGCCGUGGCCAUCAUGUGUCCCUCGGCAGUCCUGCUGCAGGUGCAGGAGGAGAAGCGUUUCCAGGUGCUGCUGGGCCGGGGCAAUGCCACCCGCCCGGUGUUCUGGUGCCGGGAGGAGUGGCCUGACCCGGCCAUGAGGAGGAUCUACACCACGGUUCUCUUUGCCAACAUCUACCUGGCUCCCCUGUCGCUCAUCGUGGUCAUGUACGCCAGGAUCAGCGUUUCCCUGUCCCACACGGCCACGCCCGGGGCGGGGAAGCGCAGCCAGGAGCAGCGGCACAGCGUGUGGAAGAGGAAACAAAAAGCCAUCAAAAUGCUCAUCGUUGUGACUCUGCUUUUCACCCUGUCCUGGCUGCCCCUGUGGACCCUGAUGCUGCUCUCGGACUACGCCAGCCUGUCCGACCUGCAGCUGCAGCUCAUCAACAUCUACAUUUAUCCCUUUGCUCACUGGCUGGCCUUCUCCAACAGCAGCAUCAACCCCAUCAUCUACGGAUUCUGCAACGAAAACUUCCGCCGCGGCUUCCAGGCUGUCUUCCAGCUCCAACUCUGCUGUUCCCAGCCAGCCCCAAGCAAUUCCAUCCUGCCAGCUGCCCGCUGCCGGACACCCCGGGACCCAGCUCCUGAGGAGGGGAAGCCAGUCAGGAAAGGAAACUGGGUGAAUAACCAGCAGGAUUUGAUCAUGGAGCACCUCCAAGAGCCCUGCCACAAGGGGAUCAAGUGAAACACACUGUGACUCUGAGUCUCAGGGCAGCUGGGUCACAUUUCAGCCUGUAAUUCUCCUGGCAGACACAGUCUGGAACCCAUCAAUCCCUGGAUUUUCUUGUGGUUGUGCUUCCUCAUGGACGUCGUGGGUCCUGCUCAAAUGACAGAAUUCAACGUUUUCCGUCACGUUCCAAUUAUUCCCCGCUGUUGUUGUUAUUUCUGUCAU